AUGGUUACCUUCUCUAUUCCCGGCGACAACGAACUCGCCGAGGGUGGCAAGAGCACGCCUCGGCCGCGUCCUGCUCUCCCUUUUGCGAAGCGCGCCUACGUCUCAACACCCUUAAAGAGCAGCCGUCUCGGCCUUCCGCAGAGUGCGCCAUCACGGAGGCUAUUGUCGACUCGCGAUGAGACGCCGUCCAGCAGCCUCAACAGAUCUACCAUUUCUACAUCCCGUAAUAUCUUCAGGGCCUCUACCACCUCCGAUAGUCCCUCCAUCACUCCUUUCUCCCCGAGUAUCCCUCAGAACACCCCGAAGAAGGUGUUUGCUCCCGGCGCUACCCCCGAGCCGAACCGUAUCUAUCGAGAAUCGACUGCACAUGCUACGCCCCGUGGUAUGGCUUCCAAGACCACAUCCAAGGAGCUGUUCCACAUGCGUAUCGAGGACCCUGAUCCCGAACUGUCUGGCGAGGUUCUUACGAAGAAGAUCCCACAAAGUUGGAACUCCAAGGGUUCCAUUUACGCUGAUCAAUUCCUCUCGCAUCUGUGUCCUCCCGAGUUCGAUGAAGAACAGCGACGACAGUUUUUCUGUAUUCUCGAUCUCCGACGACUCAAAUAUGCAGCCAACGAAAUUUUUUCCAAGAAGGAUUGGAAGCUUAAUGUCAUCAACUUUGCGAAGGAGUUCGAAAAGAGCAGGAGUAUUAUUCUGCUGCGCUACGGACUUUACGAAUUCCAGAAUAUUAAACCUUCCCAGGAUGUGCUCAAGAGAUGGCGUCGUGAGCAUGGUCUCCCUGAGCCAGAGGAAAAUAAUGCCGAACCAACUCCUACAAAGACCACUGCUGCCAAGAAGCGUAAAGCGGAUGAUGAUAUCACCAAAGAUGUUGCUGUGAACGGCUCUUCCAGCAACAACAAGCGACGUGCUCCUGACCGUGAAGAAUAUGACCAGGAGCAGGAAGCGCCAACUCCUGCACCCGUUCCUACUCCAGCUUCCACCUUGGGUAAGAACAAACGCAGGGCUUCCGUCAGUGAUGAGGCUGAUAGCCAGCCCUCCAAGAUGCAGAAGGGCACUGCUUCUGCCGCCAAAUCUCUCUUCGAGAAGAUUGCCAACAAGUCGACUGCCCCUGCCGCCUCUGCUUUCAAGCCAUCUACCAAGCCCGCUGAUGAUGGGACUGCUGCUAAGCCAAAUCCCUUUGCUUUCAACAAGCCCAAUGGCGGCGGUAGUUCGCUUGCUCGCAGCAUCUUCCAGAACCCUAAGCCCGGCAGUGCUGCUGGCGCUUCUUCUGGUGGAAACAUCUUUGGAUACCUUUCUGAUGCAAGCUCGGCCAAGAAUAGUGGUAUCGAUGCCGAUGCCGAGAGUGAGGCCGACUCAGAUGUUGAGGAUGAUAGCCAGGCAACCGGAAACAGCGACGAGCCAAGUGCGGCAGCUAGCGGCGCCGACACUGCUUCUCAGGCUGGCAUCGGUCUGUUCGGACAGAAGCCUGCCCCUGCCAGUGGCCUCGCUGCUGGGUCCAGUGCACCUGGUACUAGGGAGAGCACCCCUGGCCGAAGUCUGUUUGACCGAGUUACCAAGGAUAAUGAUGGACAGCCGGUGCGGAUUGGGGAGAAGGAUGAGACAGCAGCUGAGAAGCCUAUCGACCAGACCUGGAACCCCAGCACCACCCCCAUCAAAUUUGCGCCGUCUGGCUCUGUAUCCACAAGCCAAGCUACCUCCUUGUUUGGAAAGGCCACUUCGGCGCCGACGAGUUCUUUGUUCGCCUCGAAGCCUCCCACUUCUAACCUAUUCGGUGCCGCCAAGCAGGACAAGCCUACAGAAAAGGAAGCAACACCAGUCUCGGACCAGGCUGACAAGACGGGAGGUGAAUCCGACAAAGAGAACGAUGAGGUCCCCAAGAAGUCACUGUUCGAGUCUAAGGCCUCAGCGGCUCCGGCAAACUUUGGGUCUCUCUUUGCGCCCAAAACGGCUACGGAACCAUCUAAGGCUGAAGAGCCUACAAAGCUUCCUGCUACAAGCUUAUUUGGAACCAAGUCUGAUGAGAAGUCCAACACUGCCCCGCCCACUACCAACCUGUUUGGUACCGUAAGCAAGCCUGCUGAGUCAAGCGGUCUCUCGAUGCAGUCGUCUACAUUGUUUGGUGCCAAACCCACUAACAAUGAAGCUACUAAGACUUCACUCUUUGGUGCUCCCAGUGCAGAAUCGACUACUGCUACGUCUUUAUUUGGUGCAAAGCCUACAAGCACCGCCACCAACCUGUUCGGCAAUGCCUCGGCGUCAACUGCCAAGCCUUUGUUUGGUGCUCCCAGCUCUGGCGAAGCGACGGCGCCCAAGACUGAUGCUGCUCCUACGGCAGACAAGCCUGCUGCGGCCCCCAUUUUCAGCUUCGGGGCGCCUUCCGCUGGUGCUGAUAAGAUCAACGGUGCGAACAAGCCCCUCUUUGGGGCACCUCAGUCGCCUACGUCGUCUGGUGCAGCUGCGCUUGAUGGUAGUCCCAUGAAGCAGGAUGGACCAUCACCGGCCAAGAAGACAUUCGAUGGCGGAAGUACUGGGGCUUCGGCCGCACCCAUCUUCAGCUUUGGUGGCGCCUCUACAGCUCCUGCCGCUCCCUCAUUUGGUAGUGGCUCAGACACUUCCACACCUCUGUUUGGCGGUGCUUCAGCGACCCCUGCUGCUAAUAAUGCAGGCUCGUCUUUUGGUGCAAACUCAGCCAACUCUGGAGGAUCGUUCGGUUUCCAGUUUGGAGGGAACUCUGUUUCUUCAUCGUUCAACAAUCCGUUCUCCUCAGGCAACGAUGGAGGUAACGCAACUUCUACUCCAUCAGCUCCUGGGGGCAUGUUCAACUUUGGUGCCACCGCCGCACCUUCAGGAGGUUCGAAUCCGUUCCAAUUUGGAGGUGCAAGCAACGCGACAUCGACCCCAGCCUUCGGAGCAGGCAGUAAUGACAAUGCUCCCGCUUUUGGAGGGGCGUCCGGAUCUGCAGGAGCGCCGGGGUUCAGCUUCACAGGAGCCUCGCCAGCGCAAAACUCAGUACCAACAUUUGGAUCCAACCAGAACGGCAACCUUCAACCGCCUGCUGGUGGUUCAACCACCGGGACCAACACACCGUUCAGUCUUGGGGGAGGCUCUAGCCUGGCCACAACGCCAGCUGGCGGGACCCCGGAACCAUCGAACCAAGCCGAAGGAGCCGCCGGAGGCGAUGAAGAAGGCGAGAAGCACGAGCAGGUCAACUUAGCCGAGAACCUGGAGCAGGACGAGGAUAUCAUGCAUGAUGUACGGGCAAAGGUGUUGAAGUUUGUGCCGGCCAGUGAGAAGUCGGAUGACAAGAAGCCCAAGUCUCAGAGUCCGUGGUCGGUACAGGGUGUGGGAGCUCUUCGACUGCUAAAGCACAAGGAGACGAGUGUUGUUCGUCUUCUCCUGCGAGCAGAGCCCCGUGGACAUAUUGCUAUGAACCGAGCAGUUCUCGCCGACAUGUCUUACAAGGCUGACAAGAAGUACGUCAAGAUGACCACGUCGAACGAGAAGGGUGACGGACUUGAAACUUGGAUGAUUCAGGUCAAGACGGCGGACAUGGCUAAGGAGCUUGCAGAAGCUUUGGAGAAGAACAAGGUCCAUAACAAGAAGUAA